CAAAAGUGAAAGUAUAUAUCACCUACUGAAUAUAUCACGAUUCGAGUUUCGAUGUUAGCCUAGCAGAGAGCCGUCUUGUCUUAAAAUGCGUUUAUAUACAUAAUUAUACAUAUACAUAAUUAUUAUAAGCGACAUCUAGCAAAAUCACUAGCCAUCUUUUUAGGAGCUGCUCGGUGAUGUUUACAAUCCUCGCCUUGCUUUCGCUGGUCUAUGGGCUGGAGGGGGCUGAUGUGGUCCUGUCCUGCUCUCUGAUCGAGGAAGGGGGCGGGAUGGGGGGCAUGAUGGGCGGGGCGAUGUUCAAGCGCACUCCCUCCACUCUGGUCUUCAGGGAUCUUGUUGGAAAUGACGGCCUGUCACCAGAGCUCGUGACCCCGUAUAACCCCCCUGAGACCCCUAACGCUGACGAUCUCAUCUUUGAGCUGACCUUGCCAUCUAUUCAGGUUCCUAAUGCAGACUUGCUUCUUCAUGCUGAUUGCAAUGAACAGGAAGUAGUUUGUGAGAUCAGCCGUUAUGUUCCUCGCGGUGCAGAGCUGGAUUCCCUCCCUGCUCAUUUCAUCGGCUCAGUUCAGCUGGAGGGUGGCGGCAUCAGCCUCACUCUGGUGCUGCAGACCCUUCAAAGUGAGACCACACAAUCUGACACGCACCCGCUGAUGCAGAGUAAACUGAACCUGCCUCUCAGCCAAUCAGGAACACUGCAGACAGAGGUCGUGUUUGUGGUGUUUUCUCGUGUCCCGUCUAUUGUGGCUCCAAUCGGGGGUGAUGUGCUGUUAGACUGUGGCUUCAGACAGAAGAACUCCGUCCCUGGGCAGGAUGUGGCACUCGAGUGGCGUAUACAACACAGAGGAAAUGGCCGGAAAAUACUUGACAUGAAAGCGAGGGAAACAGAGGCAGACGUGGGACAAGAUUUAUUUGUGGACCGGGAAGGCACAAGCGCUGAAGCAGAUCUUCUGGUGAGGGACGGCAAUGCAUCUCUGACUCUGAAGAGGUUAAAGGUCACAGAUGAGGGCACAUACAUCUGUACUGUCGGCUCUGGGGAGUUUCAGACUCAACAGAUCGUGCAGCUGCACAUCACACAACCUCCUCGUAUCACACUGUCUGAGGAGAAACUGACAUUUCAGGACACGACGCCCCAGAAACUGAGCUGCCAUUGUCAUCGCUACUAUCCUCUGGACGUCCAGGUGGAGUGGUUUUCGCAGGCGCCCUCUGAAGAAGAGCCUGUCUCUUUGUCAAAAGAAUCCUCCCUCUCCAGCCAUCGGCAGCACAGUGAUGGAACAUACUCCCUCUCCUCACACCUCACCCUGCAGCCCCACAAACACCCUCCGGGGACCGUUAUCACCUGUAGGGUGUCUCAUGCCACCCUAGAAACACCGAGUGAUGCCACCCUCACUGUGGACAAACCUGAGCCGGAAACAGCCUUCUGGACAAUAGUCUUGAUGCUGGCGAUAUCAGUGGUGUUUUUAUAUCAGGCUUUCAGAGGUGCAGAGAAUUGAGGACCAGUCUUCUGCAUGAAUUCUUGGAAGGAGCCAUCUUACGUUUUUUUACUUCAUCUGUCUGCACUGUCUACACAUGGGUUUAUUUUCAUUCAGUCACGGUACAUUUGUUUAAUAGAAGUGAAAGGGGUGGCUGACUGCUUUUUUUUGGCUUGAUUAUGUUUAUGGGGUGCAGUGUAACAUCAUCAUGCUUCAUAAAAAAAGCCUUAUUUUUCAUAAAAAAUGUUUAUUGUCAUCCACUGUCUCCAUUGCAAUUUGAACGACCGGUUGACUUUCUGUUUAUAUGAUACCACCCCCUCAGAAAUAAGCAAUGCACGUAGUGCCCGUGACGUCACCUGUAGGUUUCCGAAGAGCGUUUUUGAAACCUAAAGUAGGCGAAGCCGGCCGUUUCCACCUUGGCAUCAUCACCGCACGUCAUUUCCGGAUAAUUGAAAAUGAGCAAAGAGACAGGAGCUGGCUGCUGAAGCCACGCCCACCUAGCUCGACAGCAGUGACAGAAGCGGCAAUCUACCCGUCACUCAAGUAGCCACGCCCUUAAUUAUGCAGAAUUUUAAGGCAUAAUAUAAUUCAAACAAUGAGUUAUAAAAAAUUAAAAAAAAUCACCCCUCUCAGUUUUCAUGAAGGGCAAAAUUAGCUAUAUAUACCGAAACCACUUUUUGUACUGUAAACCAUUUUUCCUGCUGUGAAGUUUUUACAUUUUAACAUGAGUCUAUGGGAUUGAUUCCCUUUUUCAGCCAGCCUCUAGCAGCCGGUUGAUGAAUUACAGUUUAACUCACUUCCGUGUUGACUUCACAAGAGAGAGGAGAAGUACCCAGCUGCAGACUGCAGAUCGAGGAGGUGCUGCAUCUGGGACGGGGCUGCACGUGUUGCCCUGCCACAUACCUACUCUGAUUGGUUCGAUCUUCUUUCAUAGACAUAUAUGACAGGACAUGUGAGAGAGAAAUUCACCAUGUAAAUUUCUGGGUUUGUGACGUAACAAACUCAAAGUAGCUCACUGUAGUCCCUACGAGCAGUUUUUGUAGGCAUUAAACUGCCAGAAUUUUAAAAGACGAGAUCUCCGUUUUCAUUGAACUUUCAGCACCUUAACAGCGCCAGAUAUUGUUUAUGCUCAACUGCAACAUUACACACUAAUGAAAAAAAAGUGAAAUCGCAAUCAACCGCCCCUUUAAAUGUAAAAAAUGCAUCAUCUUGCGUAACUUAUUCUAUAAAUGUCAAAUGAAUUCUAUUUUUCACAAUGUUCUAAUCUAUUGGAUGUUGUUUAGUUUUCUUGUUUUUAUUUUUGUGUGAAAUAAAGACAACGGAUAAGG